AUGGCACGCAAAUGUGUGCUGGCGACUUCACAACUAAAUCAGUGGGUGCUCGACUGCGAUGGAAACCGCGACCGCAUCAUCAAAGCUAUCAAGGACGCCAAAGCCGCAGAAGCUACCCUCAUCCUGACGCCAGAGCUGUGUAUCCCAGGAUAUGGGCUGCUCGAUCACUUCCUGGAGAGCGACGUGUACGAGAAUUCGUGGUUUGUCCUUUCUGAGAUUAUGACGCAUCUAGACUGCCAGGAGAUCAUCAUCGACCUCGGUCUUCCUAUCCAGCACCGCUACUGCAGCUACAAUGCACGCGUUAUCGCUCUCAACGGCGAGAUCCUGGCCAUAAGACCGAAGCUGGAUCUCUGCAACGAUGGGAACUAUCGGGAAAUGCACCAUUUCUCGCCGUGGCCAAGAGGGCGGGUGGAGGACUAUACGCUACCUGAGGUGAUUCAAGACCUGCCAAAGAGACAGAGAAGAUGCCGCAUCGGGGAGGUGGCCUUCGAGACGUUCGAUGCUUCCUUCGUCUCGGAGACUUGCGAGGAGCUCUGGACCCCAAAUUCGCCACACAUAGGCUACAUCAUUCGGAACUACGUAAACUCCACAAGCGUCAACUUGAUAAAGGGAGCGACGGAGACUGGUGGUGUUUACAUGUAUUCGAAUCAGCGUGGCGGCGAUGGGGACCGGCUAUACUACGACGGCUGCGCCAUGAUAGUGAAUUCCGGUAGCAUACUUGCGCAAGGCUCGCAAUUCUCGCUGCGAGAUGUCGAAGUGCAGACGGCUGUGGUGGACCUCAAUACCAUAUGGCAAUUCCGGACCUCGAGGAGCAGAGGUAUGCAGGCGAACGAGCCCGCCGUACGCGAGCUCGAGCGCAUACAGGUCGACUUCCGCCUCUGCAGGAAAGGGGGUACAUUUGGCAUGGCGAUGGAACCAACGAUUCCCAGAGAGCCCAGGUACCAUCUGCCUGAGGAGGAGAUCGCUCGUGGGCCAGCUUGUUACAUGUGGGACUACUUGCGCCGCUCGGGCGCCGCAGGGUACAUCGUGCCUCUCAGUGGAGGCAUUGACAGCUGUGCGACCGCAACGAUUACCUACAGCAUGUGCCUGAUGGUUGCGGACGAGAUCAAGGCAGGAGACGAGGAUGUGAUCGCUGAUGCGCAGCGAUUGUGCGGCAAAGAUAACGUGCAUGGUAUCUCCGCACGAGCAUUCUGCAACAAGAUCUUCACGACUGUCUUCAUGGGCAUGAAACAACAAUCAUCCAAGGAGACCCACGCUCGCGCAAAAGACCUAGCCGAGGCGAUUGGCGCACACCAUAUUAAUACCAACAUCGACGACAUGGUGAAAGCACUAUCAGGGACCGUCACGGGCAUCCUCGACUUCGAGCCGAAGUUCACGGUACAUGGCGGCUCAAAGGCUGAGAACCUCGCGCUGCAAAACUUCCAGUCCAGAUCACGGAUGGUGCUUACUUACGGUCUUGGCCAGCUCGUUCCGGUGCAGCGAGCCGUCCCAGGCAACCUGCUGGUCCUCGGCUCGGCGAAUGUGGACGAAUGUUUACGUGGUUAUCUCACCAAGUACGACUGCUCCUCGGCGGAUAUCAAUCCCAUAGGAGGUAUUUCCAAGACGGACCUCAAACGCUUCACCAAGUGGGCAGAGACCGCUUUCGACUUGCCCAUUCUACAGCAGUUCCUUGACGCCGUGCCAACAGCUGAGCUUGAGCCAAUUACCGAAGACUACGUCCAGAGCGAUCAAGCCGAUAUGGGCUUCACCUACGAUGAGCUCUCCGACCUCGGCGGGCUACGGAAAGUCGAGAAGAUGGGCAUGGUGAGCAUGUUCGAGAAGCUUGUGGUGGACUGGAAAGACCGGAUGGAACCACGCAAGGUGUAUGAGAAGGUCCGGAGCUUCUUCUACUACUACGCGGCCAACAGGCACGAGAUGACGACGAUGACUCCGGCCUUGUAUAUGGAGUCUUACACACCAGACGAUAAUAGAUUCGACCUGCGGCCGUUCCUUUACCCGAAGUUCACCUUCGAGCACAGACGAAUCGAGGCUAUGCUGGAGAAGAUGGAAAAGGGGCAGACGAAAGGCCUGUGA